UUCGAUUUUUUGGGUUAUGUAAAUGACAUUCAUUGCGUUGUUUUUGCACGUUCUACACGCGUUUUUAUUCUCAAUCACAAUUUAAGUUAAUUUAACCAACAGCAACAUGUAUUUGAUGUACGAAUUGAACGCAAAUGGUGAUCGAAUUUACACAUUGAAGAAAAGCGGAACAGAUGGUAGACCAACAGUUUCGGCACAUCCAGCCCGUUUUUCGCCCGAAGACAAAUAUUCUCGACAACGAUUGAUCAUCAAAAAGCGAUUCGGUUUGCUCCUAACACAACAGCCGGAACCGGUUUAUUGAAGCUCCACUUUUUAUGGAAAAUAAGUUACAAUGCAUUGAUCAUCAAUUCAAACUAAACCGCAAAUAAAUCAGUUGGUCGAUCAA